CACAUAAUAAAGGCUAAUAACAUACAGUACAUGCAUAUUAUUGUUGUUGUAUGACUUGCAAAAGUGCUUUUCCAGCUACAUUGGCAGGAAAAAAUAUGUGAAUUAUGUGGAAUUUAUUCAAUUUCUGCAUAAAUUGAUCAGAAAAUGUAGUUUGAUCUUCAUCUGAAUCAUAAGAAUAAACAGUCUGCGAAACUAAUACCACACAAAUAUUGUUUUUCAUAUAUUUAGAAAAGGUAAUGUCCACAUUCACAAGAUGAGGCGGAAGAAGUAAAUGAACCCUUUAUUUAAUAACCUAAUAAUUCUUAUAUGGCAGCAAUAAUCUUAGCAAAACAUUUUCUAGAGUUGACAAUCAGACGUGCACAAUGAUCAGGAGGAACAUUGGCCCAUUCCUCUGCAGCAGACAUGUCCAAAGUCCGGCCCCCGGGCCAAUUGCGGCCCGUGGACAAAUUUUUACCGGCCCGCGGCCUCUAUCAUGAAAUCAAUAAUAUGCGGCCCGCCAGCACUGUUGACCACAGUAUAAAAUACAUGUGUACAAAAAGCUAUUUUUCAUUUCACCAGAAGAUGGCAGUAGCCCUGUGGCCGCACUCUGGCCGCCGUGACCCUUGACCUUGCGUGAUCGUUUCAGCCCAGCCCAUUUCUAACAUGGCGUCUGUAAACAAAAAAAGGAAAGUUGACCGCGAGGGCCGCCGCUUCCAGGACAAGUGGAAAUUUGAGUAUUUUUUCACUGAAAUACGAAACAACUGUGUCUGCCUAAUUUGCCAAGAGACUGUGGCUGUUUUCACGGAAUUCAACAUCAAGAGGCACUACCAGACGAAACAUGCUAGCUACGACAAGCUAACUGGGAACAAACGCGGUGAAAAAGUGAAGCAACUGGAAGCUGUUUUAACGGCACAGCAAAGCUUUUUCACAAGAGUCCGUGAGUCAAAUGAAAAUGCCACAAAGGCAAGCUACGAAGUGGCAACGCUGAUUGCAAAGCACUGCAAACCUUUCACUGAGGGUGAAUUUAUUAAAGACUGUGUAAUGAAAAUGGUUGAGAAAAUUUGUCCCGCGAAGAAGCAAGAGUUUGCCAAUAUUUGCCUGGCUCGUAAUACUGUGGUACGGAGAAUUGAAGACGUUUCAUUAGAUAUUAAGAGACAGUUAGAGGCAAAAGGAACUGAGUUUGACUUUUUCUCGUUAGCGUGCGAUGAAAGCACGGAUGCGUCCGACACCGCUCAGUUACUGAUCUUUUUAAGAGGAGUGGACAAUGACAUGAACAUGACAUGAAACUACAGUGGAAUAAAGUCACCGGGAUUAUUACGGACGGCGCACCUGCCAUGGCUGGCGAGCGGAGUGGAUUAUCAAGCCUUGUCUGUAACAAAGUCAGCGAAGAAGGAGGCAGCGCUAUUAAACUCCACUGUAUUAUUCAUCAAGAAGUUCUCUGUGCCAAAUAUAUGAAAUAUGAUAAUGUUAUGAAACCGGUGAUAAAGACUAUUAAUUAUAUUCGCUCCAAAGCGCUG